AGUAGAUGAGGUAAUUCAAUAAAAUCUAUAUAAAAUCAUUAUUUUACCAAAACCUCAAUUUUUUCAACUUUGAGCCAAAUCGAAUAGCCAUUUCUGAAAUAUUGGCAUAUCUAUUUAAACACAUUUACGCGUGAGCAAGCGGCAAAACGACGAAAUUUGAUAAAAAUUGAUAUGGGACAAUCUAAGCACCAGUCUGCAUAAUCUCUGAAAAUUUCAUGAAAAUUGGAUGAACGGUAGUAGGUGAUAUGCCCGCUACUUCGAUUUGACUACAGAAAGACACCGAAUCAAAUUUGAUCCUGGAUGUCAGAAACGUAAAACGCGAGAUAGAUUCAUUUAUCUAUCUAUAAAUUUGGCGUUACAUUGUUUCAAGUUCAUAGUUAUGUUGAUUGGGCAACACUGAAGAUCAAGCAUAUAGCAUGUAAUACUUUUAAUGUUGGCCAUCAGUGGUCUAAAUACGCUCCACAAUGAUUACAAAUCUGAUUGAAGCUUAAUAUAAGAGAGACAGAACAUGUUUUUUUUUAAUAUGUUGAGCCAAAAUAUAUAUAUAUACAAUUUUUUGACUGUCCAGAAGCCGGGCUCGAAAAUUAUUAAAAAUUUAAAAAAGUCUAGAUUUAAAAGUAAAUUUCGUUCUAACUAGAUUAUUAAAAAGAAACAUUUCUGUCUCUCAUAUUAAGCUUCAAUCAGAUUUUUAAUCUGAGAAGGAGUUAGACGGAAGGUGCGUUCAAAUAAAUACUAAAUUUCAAAAAAUAGUGUUUUAAUUGGUGUAUUUUUAAAUUAAAAAUACUAUUUUUUAAAAUUUAGUAUUUAUUUGACCGCAGCCACCGACCAACUGCUCAUAUUAUAUCACGGUCAACCAUCUCUACAUCAUUACAGAUUUUUAAUCAUUAUGGAGCGUAUUUAGGCCACUGACGGCCAACAAUAAAAGUAUUACAUGCUAUAUGCUUAAUCUUCAAUGUUGCCCAAUCAAAAUAACUACGAACUUGACACAAUGUAACGCCAAAUUUAUAGAUAGACGAAUGAGUCUAUUUUCUAGAAGCUACAGUGGUUUGACUGACCUUGAGCCGUAUAAUUAUGAUAACAGAAAAUAAACGAUGGGUCGUCGUACUUUAGGAAUGACCCUUCAAGUCACCUUGGUAGAGGGAGAUGUUAGAAUAAGUGGGGGAAGAGUCACAGAGUAUAUAGUUGGAACAGAAAUUGUUAUCUAAUUUCUCUUAUCUUGGGUGAGUUUAGUUAUUUAAACUACUGAUAGUGGUCAUUCUUAUAUUCAUUUCUUUUCCAGAUCAAUGUUGAUUCUAUACUUAUAUUCGAUAGAUCAAACUUCUAUCUGAUAUUUUAGAUUAAGUUAUAAUAUCAGACUUUUAAUUAACAACAUUUUGGGCAAUUUAGCCCUUUUCCAAGAUAUAAAUCUUGUUUUAAUGCUAUUGUUAAAUAUUGUGAAUAACAAUAUCUGUUUUAUCCCUUUAAUGCUAUCAUUCAUUCUCCCUAGUUUGAGAAUCAUUAUUAAUCCAUGGUUUAUAAUUUGCUCUUAUAUUCCCUCUGGAAAUGUUGAUUCCAACUGUUGAAAUCAAAAUUUAACAUUAUUAAAAAAGGAAUAACUACUUGAAAAUGGACGAAAUUGUCUGAAACUUUUUUGAUAAUGAGUCAAGAUUAAACAAUAUAUACAAAAUCUGAAAAGGAUGUAUUUUAAUAACUGACUGCAAAAAAAUAAUUACUACAGAUGAUAUAUUUUUCACAUUUAUUAUAUAAUCAAUUAUCUUAAUAUUUCAUUCACAUUCCAAAAUUAAGUACUGUUAAAAAGUAUAUUAAGUUUAAAAAUGGAUUAUGAUGAUCUUUAUAUUUAUCAAUUAUGGUAUUUAAAAUUAUUUGUUGAAUAGUAUACUGUCAAAAUUUCUAAAAUUUAUUCUUAAUUAAUUAUUAUAAUGCUGAUUUUGAAUCAGAAAUACUUUUAAAAAAUAUAUUUCUAGUAUUAUUUUUGAUUUCCUUGCUUUUUCUAUGCCAUUCUCUAAAUUAAUUUAUGUAAUUGAUGUAGAUAUUCUCCUGUGAGAAAUUUCCUUGAAUUAUUUUCUCAAUUUCAGUCCAUCAAUUAUAAUGUUUAAUUCAUUUUUUUUGGAAUAAAAUUGUUAUAGUUUACUAUUACUUGUUCAAAAAUAAAAUACAUACAUAAAACAGUAUUGAUAGAUAUAUAUAAAAAUUUAUUUGUUAUAUAUUUUGUUACUUCCCGUAGGUGAGAAUUUUUUUAAAUGUUUAUUUUUUCAUUGGCAUGUCGGAUAUCAGAAAAGAUCAAUAAAUAAUCCUAACUUGAAUUUCAAAAAUAUUUUAGUCUCAGAGACCUUUUAGCUUACUCCUUUUCCACAUUUUUAGAUUAGUUAUUGGUAUUUAUAUCGUUUCCGUAUUUUGAAUAAUUUUUAUUAUGUACAUGGUGGUUUCAAUGGUAUAUUUUUUUAUCUUAGCCCAAAUUUGUGAUUAGCCUUGAUGUUUUUGAUUGAAAGUAUGUAGUUUUGCAGGCUGGUUUCUUAGUUGUCUGCUGAAAUUUUCAUACUUAGCUUCAGAUGGCUGCUAAUAAAUAAUUAUAUAUAUUUUUUAACUUUAUUUUGUGCAUAAAAGAAUAUAAUAUCCUCACUUUUUUUUAAGAAUUAAGCCUUGUGCCCACUUCAGAGUAAUUUGUUCUUCAAAUCUUGGGAGUGAGUCACUUAUUUCUGGCUGACACUCUGAGCAGGAUCCAUUCACAAAUCUCUCAAGCCUAAAAAAAAAAAGGUUACACAACUGAUUAAAUAAAAUAACAAUUAUAUGCUACAGUUGGACUCAAACCCUGGUGCAGAAGAUAGUAGUCCAUUGUUUAAUAGCUAACAAAUAUAAAAAUGAAUAAAUAAAAAAUGUUAGACUGUUUAUGGUAAUAAAACAAUUAUGAAAACUUUCGAACAUGGUAUUUAUGUAAAAUAUUGUUUAUAAACAGCUAUGAGAUGCCUAUCCUCUCCAAUGUUGAUGGCUUAUGUCCCCUUUUCCAAGAAAUUUUAUUGUUUUUCACUCCUUAAAAUAAAUGCAAAGGAAAGCAGAAUUAUAUAGAGUUGAUAUUGUUUAUUUAUAUUGAAGUAUAAAUUUUGAUGGUACAACAUUUGCCAUGCAACCCCUUUCUGGGCAUCUCUGGUUCAGAAAAAAUAUUUUAUUUUCAUUUAGUAAUUCUGAGACAUUUAUAAAAUAAUUGUGUCUCUAGUGAAUACAUACAAAAAAUAUAUACCAUUAAUUAGAACAGUUUUAGAAAAAUAAUAUGAUGAAUUAUUGCUUUCUGAUGUUAUCAUUCACCUUCCAGGAAUGCGAUAUUAUUAGUUUUAUACUUGAGAUGAUAAAAGAUCAAAAAAAUAAACAUGCUUUAUCUUUUUAAUGAUGAUAAGCAUUCAAUUUUUUGAUCAUUUUGCAUGAGUCCUUGGUAAACUUCUUUGUUUUUUUUUUUAAAUUAAAUUUCUAGAAUAUUUCUUCCUUUUUACAAGAAAGAUGAGCCCAAAAGUAGAAAAACUUCCUAUCCCAUCUGUAGUUUUAGGAGAAGGCCCCCAUUGGGAUAUCGCUACACAGUCACUUUACCUCAUUGAUAUUUCUGGUUCACAACUUAUAAGAUAUGACCCCCAAGCCAACAAAGCGUUCAUUGUGAAGCUAGAUGUUCCUUUAGCUUCAUUUAUCAUUCCGGUAGAAGGAUCUAAAGGACAAUAUGUCGUCGGUUCUGGCAUCAAACUCUAUUUAAUAAAAUGGGAUGGAACUUCAGACAAAACUGAAUCAGUGGAACUGCUCCAUCAGCUCACCAAUGACUCCGAAGCUAAUAGGAUCAAUGAUGGAAAAUGUGAUAACACAGGGCGUCUGUGGUUUGAACUGGGGUCUCCCAACUAUGGCCUACGUAAGGCCAUUCUUACCUACUUUCUAUUCUAA